GGCCAAGUUCUCAAGCACGCCAGCCCUAUUUACGCGGUCGUCUGCAUGUCUGCCCAGAAUAAAAACAAAUUGUCGUUUUCCGAUUGAAUUUCUCAGUUUUCAUAGAUGCUGUCCUUGACUUCAGUCAUCCUUGCGAGUGCUGCUCCUUGGCGACUUGGAAGUGCAGCCCUUUUGGCGGUGAAAAUGGCCCAACAAAUGCACACCACGGCCGUGACCGGGGGCAAAGUUGCUGUUGUUUUGUCGGGCUGUGGUGUUUACGAUGGCAGUGAAAUUCACGAGGCAUCAGCCGUUCUGGUGCACCUUAGUCGGGGCGGGGCGGACGUGUCCAUCUACGCCCCAGACAUCGACCAGAUGCACGUGAUUGACCACAGCAAGGGUCAGCCAGCUGAGGGACAAACAAGGAAUGUCUUGGUGGAGUCGGCCCGCAUCGCUCGUGGCAAGAUCUCUCCCCUCAGCAGCCUGGAUGUCGCUUCCCAUGAUGCAGUGGUCUUCCCAGGAGGCUUUGGGGCUGCCAAGAACCUUUCCACUGUAGCCAAUGAUGGCCCCAACUGCACCGUGAACCUGGAUGUUGAGAGGGUCUUGCGGGAGUUCCACCAAGCCAAGAAACCCAUUGGACUGUGUUGUAUUGCCCCAACCCUGGCCGCCAAGGUCAUUCCGGGCUGCGAGGUCACCGUGGGUCAAGAUAAGGACGACGGAGGGAGGUGGCCAUAUGCUGGAACAGCCGGGGCUAUUGAGCAGAUGGGGAGUAAGCACAUCAACAAGGAUGUCACAGAGGUUCACGUGGACGCAGCCAACAAGAUUGUCACGACACCGGCCUUCAUGUGCGAGACCAAAGUCCAUGAGAUAUUUGACGGAAUUGGGGAGAUGGUCAGGAAAGUUCUCAGCCUCGCCAAGUAGAUAUUGAAACUUCAAGACUUGCUUGGAGACGCUGAAAAGCCAGAGUAUAACAUUGAGGCCAGCAAAACAGCUGGAUCAAGACUAUCUCAACAGAGGUUGUUUUGGUGAACGUGAAAAUCGAAACCUGCCCUAAAUUGGUUUCUCGUCUUUUUAUUUCCGUGAAAUAUUUCUGGUACUUGUAUUAUUUUUUUUUCCUUGCAGCUCAUGAGCAAACCUUCAGUUCAGAAGAUGAUGUGGAUAGAAAUCGUUACUUUGGCCGUCAUGUUUUAGACUGUUCUUACACGGUCCCUGUCCAUCGCAAAAAUCUUUGAAGAACAGUUUUGGCAGUGCAUUUCCAAUUGACAGAUUUGUAAUAAGCACCACAGGCUUAUGUUGCAGUGACUUCAGACUUAACUGGAGAGUUCUCAUGAAAGAGCAUAUUGGUCGUCGCUCGUUCAGUGAGGAUGAUUUAAGUUUAGUCUUAUGCUAAUAAUGUCAUGUUUGGUCAUGAUCUAACCUCAAAAAGCUUUAGCAGCAAAAUUAGUACACAUUUCUGAGAGGGAACUGCACUACCGUGUAGAUCAUAUUUUCUGAUGUUGAACAUUAAAGGUUUGAGAAAUAAUGAUAAAUGAUGAAUUAAAUUCAUGCAAUUUAGGAAAUGA